AUGAAUUUCUCAAAAUUCAUUUGUUUAAAUAAUAUACUAUCGCUAGACAAAUUGUUUUGUCAAUUUGUCGAUGAAUUGGAUUCAUGGUGGCUAGAUGUGACUGAUCUAUCAUAUGUUCCCACAAGAAUUCAUUCAUCCACAAAUAAACAUACAGUCAUAAUUGAUGAUGAAAAAGUUGUUGAAUUUUCCAUCCCGGCCAGCAACAAUUGGAAUGAUGCAUUAAUUCUGGCCUGCCUAAUAAAUAUGGAAACAAAACGGACGUUGUCAAAUAUUUUUGAUCACAUCACUAUAUUAAUGUGUGUACUGAAAUUUAAUUUUAUUGACAAAAAGUCAUUGAAAAAAAAACUAAAAGAACUGGUCAUAAAAAAUUAUCUUACAAUUUUAUUUGAUAAUACACACAAAAUUUACAAUUUGAAUAAUGAACAUAUCUGGAAUGCAAUUAAUAAAAAUAUACACACAAAUAAAUAUGUCAAUGAAAUAUUGGCAAUACGACGAGAUACAUACUACACAACAGCCGUAUUCUACAAUCUGCCAUCCACUUUCAAUCCCAAACCAAAAAUAAAUAUCCAAAAUCAAAUUAAUAAAAAUAAUAUAUUCAACAGCUUUCAAAAAAAAAUUAUAUUCAUACAACAAUUCAUCGACAGCAUAUUAACCACACAUUUCACACAAAUCACAAAAAACAAUGUAGAAGAGAAUUAUGUCAACGAAGUAAAACAUUAUAAAAACAAUUUAAAAAAUCUGCUGCAGGUUUUGCCGAAAAAAAAAAAUACAACAUCUCAUACGACAGAAGAAAUCCUAGAAUUAAUCAAAAACAACCAAAUAAUAGAAUCGAUACAUUACAGGCCUCCACAGACGCCAAUAGUAAUAACAAAAUUCUCUGAGUCCAAACUAAAAUAUUAUUCUGAAUGUUCAAACCUAAAAAAAUUUAAGGAUUUAUACUAUCCAAAAUAA